GGCCAUUUACGUCAAGUCUCUGACGACCACGUUAAUACUGUAUUUGGUCGAGAGUUUACAAAGUUGUGAUGCAAAUCACUCAAAUGACAAGAUCGCCAACCUCGGAACUAAUUUCCUCCAAUCAGUACAACCCUAUCAUGGCUGGAUGCCUACCACGCUUGUGAUUGGCUGUGCACGGGUUCAAGUUGGGAUUUACCCACGACAGUGGGAAAUACCAAACCAUGUUGGAAAGACUGGCAUUUUCGAAUUGGCUUCGUUCACAACAUGGAGAGUGCCCCGCUGAUGAGCCCGCUGAUGUCGUCUCGACAGAGUUCGUCCAAGAAGUCCACCAAAGCCAUCGCGGCUGUCCUUGCGACCGUUGCCGGUGCCUUGGUGUACGUGGGCUCUACUGCCCGCCCCGCUGCCGUCGUGACCGAGACUUUUUCGGGCGAGACCAUGUCCAUGAGCCACAAGCAGAAGCUGCCAAAGGAGUCGUUCGACGGGGACCUACGCCUUCGAUGCAAUGAGACGUACAUCACCCAGACGCUGGACCACUUCACUGCUCACUUCGGCACGUACGAACAGCGCUACUUUACAUGCGGUGAGCACUGGAAGUCCCCGGACGGACCCAUCUUCUUCUACACGGGGCACGAGAGCGACGCCGAGAAUUUCCUCAAGGCCACGGGGCUUAUGUGGGAAAACGCGGCGGAAUUCGGCGCGCUCCUGGUGUUUGCCGAGCACCGGUACUUUGGCAAGUCGUUCCCGAAGAUUGCGAACGCGUCCUACAUUGAGAGCCUCCGGUUCCUGUCGUCCGAGCAGGCGCUAGCCGACUACGCGGUUCUCAUCAAGCACUUGAAGACGACGCUGCAUGCGGAGAAGAGCCCUGUCAUCUCGUUCGGCGGGUCGUACGCGGGCAUGCUGGCAGCGUGGUUUCGCAUGAAGUACCCGUUCGUCGUGGACGGCGCGAUCUCGUCGUCGGCGCCGCUGCUCGCCUUCCACGGCCAAGACCCGCCCGUGGACCCCGAAGCGUUCUCGCGCAUCACGACGUUUGUGGGCACCGCUGCCGCGGGGUCGGCCGCCAACUGCGUGCCAAACAUCCGCAAGGCGCAGCAGGUCAUUUCCGACUGGGGCGCCACCGCCCAAGGCCGCCAAAACUUGACCACGGCUCUGGGUCUGUGUACAGUGCCGCCAUCGCAAGAGGUCGCGCUUGAGAUCGCAGACAGCUUGGUGGGGACGUACACGGAGUUGGCCGAAGGCAACUACCCGUGGCCGUCCGACUACUUUAGCGACUUGCCGGCGUUCCCGUACCGCGCGGCGUGCGACCAUUUGAAAGACGAGUUUGAAAGCGAUGCCGCGCUCUUGGCAGGGUUCCGCGCCAGCGUCGGCGUGGCCACCAACUCGUCCGGCAAGGUCACGUGUGUCGACUGGAACUCGACGUCCCCGAUCGAGUCGGAAAACUUGUGGUCGUACUUGGCGUGCUCGGAGCUGUACAUGGUCAUCAGCGACCAAGACGGCGUCCGUGACUUCUUCCGUCCAUCCAAGCAGAACCAGACGGCGGACGCCGAGCGAUGCUUGGCCAAGUGGGGCGUGGAAUUGCGGCCGCUGUGGGCCAAUACCGUGUACGGUGGCUGGGCGGGCAUCCGUGCCGCGUCCAACAUCGUCUUCUCCAACGGCAACUUUGACCCGUGGGGCGGCUACGGUGUAUGGGAGUCCCAAAGCGACUCGGUCAUCGCCAUCCCCAUCGACCAAGGCGGCCACCACCUCGACCUCAUGUUCAGCAACGAAGCCGACCCGCAAUCGGUGCGCGACGCGCGCGAGCAGGAGAAGCACGAGAUCCGCAAAUGGAUUCGAAACAAGCACAAGGCGCAACACUAACCAUCGCAGGCUUUGGCCAGCAUAUCGAUUUUAUCCUGCCAUGGGUAUAUUCCAAUAAUAUUGUGACCACAAUGAAAAGCAGCAGAUUUCUC